UAUAUUUGUGGUGGAUUACUUUUUAAUCUUUCUGGAACGCUUCAGAGUCCUUAUUAUCCUCUGUAUUAUCCAGAUAAUGCAGAUUGCUUGUGGCAAAUACAAGUAGAGAAUAAUUUCCGCAUUGUGCUCACAUUUAGAAAUAUUCAGUUGCACGGUGGAUGCCAGAAUGACUAUAUUGAGAUUUAUGAUGGGCCACCCAAUACUUCUCCACUGCUUGGAAGAAUUUGUUCUAAAUAUGAGCUUGUGUACACAUCAUCGUCAAACUUCAUGGCUGUCAGAUUUCACAGUGACUCCAGCCAUUCCGGUAGAGGGUUUCAUGCUGAAUAUCAGUCCAUUCCAACAGAUCAUAACACCACUCUUGUAUGCUUGCCAACAUACAUGCGUGCAGUAGUGGACAGACGUUAUGUCCAGUCACAGGGCUACUCAGUGUGGAACAUCAGCUUGUCUGACCCUUACUGUAGACCAACAAUUACUUCAACUAAGGUUAUAUUCAACAUUCCAUACAAUGGCUGUGGUACACGUAGACAGGGCAACAAUGAAACAAUCACCUACUCCAAUGUGAUAAGAGUGCCUGCUUUUGGUUACAUCAUCAAGAGGCAAAGGGACCUUUAUUUGAACGUCAACUGCAAAAUGCUCCAGAACACCUGGGUACAAGCAAUGUACAUUGCCAAUGACAUCAUUAAUGUCAAUGAAAGUCUGUCCCAGUACGGCAGAUACAGCGUGAACCUGACAUUCUACAAUUCCUCAUCUUUCCUGUGGCCAGUGCAUGACUUCCCAUACUAUGUUGAUCUGAAUCAGAAUUUGUUCCUUCAAGCUUCCCUUCACAGCUCUGACUCAAAUCUGGCAGUGUUUGUGGACACAUGCGUGGCAUCGCCUGAUCCUAACAACUUUAGAACACUGACCUAUGAAUUGAUCAGAAGUGGGUGUGUCAAGGAUCCUACCUACUCUUCUUACUAUUCACCAAACAGCAAUGUUGCUCGGUUUGCCUUUAAUGCUUUUUCAUUUGUUAAUCAACACCAGUCAGUUUACCUGCAGUGUGAGCUGGUGGUGUGCAGGACCUAUGACUACUCUUCUCGCUGCUAUCAAGGCUGUGUUAGUAGGUUCAAGAGGGAUGCAGGUUCUUCCCAGAAAAAAAUGAGUGUUGUUGUUGGACCUGUCCAGCUUCGGGAAGCCCAUGCUGAGAACAGGAAUGCUGAGCUGGCCUCUGACUUUGAGGUGAAAGGGGAGUCUCAGGACUCAGUGCCUGCUGCCAGCUCCCACGUUCCUCUGGCUGUGACCAUUGUGGUGCUGGUUGCUGCUGUUCUCACAGUGGGAGGAUUUCUCUUGAAGCGUAGGCUGCAGGAACCCAUCCCGUACCAGAUAAUGUGA